UCAAAGAGGAGCUCAACGUACUCAUUCGAACAGAAACGACCAAAACGAAAAGUACUGAACGACGAAUGCCCGGCAUUACCUGAUUUUCUACAGGAUGUGUGUGCCGAUGGCUUCUACGAAAAUUUAUAUGAACGAAUUGUUUGGGACACUGCUGAUACUGUCCGCAUUGUUAUCAACGGCGUCAGCGGUCGACUGUCAUGGGAAAUCUUUCCACUGUGUCAACUCCACCCACUUCAUGAUAUGCGUGGACUUAGGGGGCGGAGUCUCACAGGCAAUAGACGACUUCUACAUAGCCUGCCCACCUCCCACGGUUUGUCAGGGAACAAACUAUUUUGAAUGCGAGUUUCCAGCACCAACAACACCUGCCACUACAAGAAGCAACGUCAUUAGUGAAACCACACUUCCUUGGGAGAAUAUCAUAACUUCUUCUUCCUUGGAUAACAUUAAGAAAGAGUUCUCCGAAAAUUAUAUAAAUACAGAGAGGACAACAACUGUAGAAUACAGUGUUACUACGGAUACGACCGUGGAUGUAGUAACAAGAACAGCGGCGACCUUUAAUAUCAAUAAUGAAUUAAAUGUUACAGAAAUUGCAACAACUACAGUUCCAAAUAUUACAACAUCACCUAUAGAAACUAUAUCACAGACUAUAAGCGAAGACCGAAGUAUAACAGACAUUACAUUAAUAGCUGAAGGUGUUACAACUAGUGUCAUAGAAGCUGUAACAGAAACUGUAGUCGAAACUAAAAAUUCAACAAGAACUGAUCUGACUGUCGCUGGUGAAGAAAGCAAUACAAAGGCUAUAAAUAUUAAUACACAAACUACAACAGAAAAUAUAGUUAUUACAGAAACUGAAACAGCAGAAUCCAUUCCAAUGACUACAGAACAAAUAAUACAAACAACGACUGACAACCCUCUCGAGAUAGAUACUUCUUACCUAUACACAGAAUUACCACAAGUCCUUACUAUGAUUCAGAAUGAAAAUUUAACAAACAAUACUUUGUUGAAAAAGUUUUCCAUUGAGAAAAAAAAAUCCCAGGCUAUGGCAAAUCAAAACUUAAAUAUAUAUGAUAAACGAGUUGAUAAGCAUUCAACUGACAUUUAUCCUGGUUUUACUACAGUUACGCCGAUGGGCAGUAAAUAUAAUUUAUCCAAUGCAGAUGUUUCAAAGCCAUACCAUACCGAGCUACAUAAUAAAAUAAAUAAUCAAUCAGAUCUAAUUAAAUUGGAAGGAGGUAUUGGAUCUAAUUUGACCGCUGUAACUAGGAAGCAGCCUACUAAUGAUAAUGAAAAAAAUAAUUUACCACAAAUUAUAAAAGUAAAUGACAAUAAACACGACAUUACAUCGAAUUUUGGCAAAUGGGUUGUCGCAUACAGUACAAAAAAACCGUCAACAUCUCCAUAUAGCGUCUUUCUUGAAGUUAUAGCUGCAACGGACAUCCCUUUGGUUGGUGAUAACGAUGCGAAACAAAAAAAUGAUACGAUGGGUGCACAAAACGAUAAACAUACAACGAUUCUAGAUGGAGCAUUUACUAUUGAAACAGAGCAACCAACAACGAUAUAUGAAGAAAACUUCACAAAAGACUCUACUCAAAACACUAAAACAGUAAAUCUCGACAUUGUGACUACAGAGGCUAUACCAGGUAGUAACGUACAACUAGUCACGACUAAAGCACCAUCAUUGAUACUAAGUUCUGCAGGCACAACGACUGUAGACGGAGCAUAUACUAUUGAAACAGUCAUUCCCACUUCUGAACAUCCUACAACAAUUUACGAAGACAUUUUUACUAAAGACUCCACUCAAAACAUUGAAACUGUAAAUCAAGACAUUGUAACAACAGAGGCUGUGGAUAUAACUUUUUCAAAUAGUGACAUUCAACUAGUCACGACUCAAGCACCAUCAUUGACACAAAGUUCUGCAGACACAACGAUUGUAGACGGAGCAUAUACUAUCGAAACAGUCGAGAACAUUCCCACUUCUGAGCAUCCUACCACAUUUUACGAAGAAAAUUUUACUAAAGACUCUACUCAAAACAUUGAAACAGUAAAUCUGGACAUUGCAACAACAGAGACUGUGGAUAUACCUUUUUCAAAUAGUAACAUUCAACUAGUCACGACUCAAGCACCAUCAUUGACACAAAGUUCUGCAGACACAACGAUUGUAGACGGAGCAUAUAUUAUCGAAACAGUCGAGAACAUUCCCACUUCUGAGCAUCCUACCACAUUUUACGAAGAAAAUUUUACUAAAGACUCUACUCAAAACAUUGAAACAGUAAAUCUGGACAUUGCAACAACAGAGACUGUGGAUAUACCUUUUUCAAAUAGUAACAUUCAACUAGUCACGACUCAAGCACAAUCAUUGACACAAAGUUCUGCAGAUACAACGACUGUAGAUGGAGCAUAUUCUAUUGAAACAGUCGAGAACAUUCCCACUUCUGAGCAUCCUACCACAAUUAACGAAGAAAAUUUUACUAAAGACUCUACUCAAAACAUUGAAACAGUAAAUCUGGACAUUGCAACAACAGAGACUGUGGAUAUACCUUUUUCAAAUAGUGACAUUCAACUAGUCACGACUCAAGCACCAUCAUUGACACAAAGUUCUGCAGACGCAACGACUGUAGAUGGAGCAUAUUCUAUUGAAACAGUCGAGAACAUUCCCACUUCUGAGCAUCCUACCACAAUUAACGAAGAAAAUUUUACUAAAGACUCUACUCAAAACAUUGAAACAGUAAAUCUGGACAUUGCAACAACAGAGAAUGUGGAUAUACCUUUUUCAAAUAGUGACCUUCAACUAGUCACGACUCAAGCACCAUCAUUAACACAAAGUUCUGCAGACACAACGACUGUAGAUGGGCCAUAUAUUGUCGAAACAGUCCAGAACGCUCUAAGUUCUGAGCAUCCAACAACCAUAGACGAAGAAAACUUAACAAAAGAUACUACUCAAAAUAUGGAAACAGUAAAUCUCGACAUUAUAACUACAGAUGCUAUAAAUAUACAGUUUUCAAAUAAUGAUGUUCAACUAGUCACGGCUCAAGUACCAUUAUUGAUGCAAAGUUCUGCAGACACAACGACUCUAGGCGGAGCGUUUACUAUUGAAACAGGUGAGAAUGCACCCAGUUCUGAGCAACCAACAAUAGUAAAUGAAGACAAAUUUGACACAGUAAAUGUCGACAUUGUAACUACAGAGGCUAUACAUAUACCUUUUUCAAAUAGUGAUGUUCAACUAAUCACGACUCCAGCACCGUCAUUGACGCAAGGUUCUGCAGAUACAACUACUCUAGACGGAGCAUUUACUAUUGAAUUAGUAGAGAACGCGCCCAGUUCUAAGCAACCAACAACGGUAAACAAAGAAAAUGUGACCAAAGACUCCAUUCAAAACAUUGUAAAUGUCGACAUUCUAACUACUGAUGCUGUGGAUGCACCUUUUACAAACAGUAACGUUCAACUAGGCACGACUCAAGUACCAUCAUUGACACAAAGUUCUGGAGACACAAAUCUUGAUAGAGCAUUUACUAUUGAAACCGUUAAGAAGAAUUUCAGUACUGAACAAACAAAUAUGACAAAUGAACAAGGUUUGCCAAUCGAUACUGUUCAAAAUACUGCGACAGAGAAUAUUAUCAUUACUACCAGCAAAGCAAUAAAUCGAGACACCAUGAAUACAGAAACAAUUUAUGAGUCUUCUACAAUAAUUAACGAUCAAUCUGUUAUGACUGAAGAAUCACAUGUGACAAAGGCAACCGUGGAAUUGUAUACCGGUAUUGAGCAAACAACAACGAUACAUGAAGAAAAUGGAACAACGGGAAUUAAUGAAAACGUUGCUAGCCAAAAAGUACCAAUUGCAAUUGAUUACACUCAGUCUAUAACGCCAACGACACAAAACCCAGAAAAGGUAAAGCAAGAUGUAACAAUGAUAGCUGAAAUCAUAGAGAAUGGUGCCAUUACGGAACAACCAAUAACAACAAAUGCCAAAAAUUCGACGACUGAUAUCAUACAAAAUGUUGCAACAGAAUAUAACAUUAUUCCAACUAGACAUUCAGUAAAUUUUAAUGUGACAACGGAAGUUGUGUCUACACCUACAAUAAUGAAUAAUUACCAUAUAAUUCAAGUUGCGUCAGAAGAUUAUACCUCGACUAAAGCUCAAUUACUGACAGAUACAAGUAUAGACGGAACAAAGGUUGAUGAGGCAUUCACUACAGGAGUAGUAGGCAAUGGUGAUGGUACAAAACAAACAACUUUAAUAAAUAAAGAAAGUGUGGCAACGGAUGGUACUCGAAAUAUUGACCAAAUCAUCCUUGCGGCAAACCAAGAUCACACUGCAACUGAAACUGUAAAUGUAACUACAAUAAUUAGUAAUGCUCAAUCUGCUCUUGGAAAUAAUAUGAAAACUGAAGAUUUACCCGCAUCGGGGAAUAUAGUAUUUACACCGGGAGUCAAUAAUCGAGCCGAUUUUAUAACACCAAAACCAAUCAAUAUUGAGCAAAAAAUAAGGAAAUUACCUGGAGACAAACUUGUUCUUAACACUGAACUACCUACGUACAUACUAACGAUAAACCACAAUUACGCAAAUGUAGGCCAUGCUAAUGACGACUCUCAGCAAAAUAGCAAAACUGAGUUUCUAGGUCCCAAAAGAGAAUCAAACGAUAUUUCCAAUCAAACUAAUAUAAGUCAAAAUGGCGAAAGUCAAACAAUACGAGUGACUAAUCCUGUGCUGUAUAAUAAGUUACAACCAAGUAUCGUAGAAGGUCAAGAUCAGACAGCAAAUAUAAAUUGGAAUCCCUUCGACAAUCAUUUGAUCGACAAAUCUAAUCAAAUAUCAGAACUUACACGAAAGUCUGAUGUCACGGACCUAAACGCCGAACGAAACGAUCUAAACGUGGUCAGUUCUGAUAAAGGAUUUGUGUCUCAGCAGCAUAUUCUAUUGCCAUUACUUGCAAAUAAUCCAAGUCCCGCUGAAAUUUAUAAUCGUAAACAAAGCUAUAAUGCUACUACUAUAACUCAGAGCUCAGACGGUAUUCUGGCCACAAAUGGACUUCCAGAAAAUAAAGCGAAUGUGAACAGCCAACCUGAAUUCGCUAGUUUACCUACGCCAAAGCCCGUAACCCUGGUUAAAGAACAUUCUACUUAUUUGAAAACCAACACAUUCGCAAGUGGUGGAUCAGUUACCUUGUCUUCGUCAAAGACUGUACCCACAAAUGCAAAUAUUGCUGAUACUAAAAUACUGGACGAUACACACAAUAAUAAAAUCAUACCUAUUUCAUUCAGCGCUGGGUUAGAAUCUACAGUUGAGGAAACUGGCAGCAAAGUUAGAGAGAUUAAGAGCAAUGUUAACGUUUCGUCAGAUAAAAAAAAAAUGGAGAAUCCCAAAAACAGUAAAACUCCAAUAACUGUUGACCUAUCUAACAUUAAAGAUGAUAAAUUAAAUGUGAAUUUAACGUCGGCAGUACAAAACGAUAAAAUUGAAUUACAAACAAAUACGCAUGAUCUAUCGGAAACGAUUAAUAUGCGAAUAACAACUGAAGGGUAUCACAACGAUAUGGGAGAGUCCAGUAAUCCAGGCAUGUUGGAUAUUUUGCCGUUACCUAUCAAUAAUAUAGAGCCCCGUCCAUCGGUUGCGAAUAUACUACUUUUAACGGAUGUGACGUCUAAGACGCAAAACGGAAAUGUUGUCCUUACAACUGAAUCAUAUAAAUCAGAAACAUUCUAUCCUACUCUAGCUAAUACUCCAAUACAAGCUAGUGUCAAUGGCGUCCAUAAUACAAAUGCUCCAUUCAAGAAUCUACCUACAUUCGAUCUGCAACAACCAGAAGUUACUAACAAAGUUAUUGGUUCAAAAAAUCCUACAUUUGGAGGUUCAACUACUGUAGUAGGCCAUCCGCAAAAGCACGAUAUUACAACGGAUUCUACGUUUCCGGAUACUAAUUCGCCUGGGGUCAUCAAGAGAGCCGAUGUUUCUCCACCGCAUCCGGUUCAAGUUGGGCAGGUAUCCAUCAGGCAAACAAAUACUCCCAAUAAUGUAUAUAUUACACCUAAGGAACAAAAUGUAAAUGAAACCAAUUCCCCUCAAACCUCAAAUGCACGUGAGAAUGAACCACAAAAAAAUAAUUCACCUAUAAAUCUUCCUUUAUCUAUUUCUACACAAAAGCCUUAUGCAAAUACUGUUCAAACAGUUUUUCAAUCAGUAAUACCAAAUUCAAUUUUACCAGUCACAAAGCAAGUUGCAAAUGAAACGGCAAUACCCUUUACUUGUGUCAAUGGCAUAAGGGGUAGAUAUUCGGCCAAGGACGAUUGUAGAAAAUUUUACAUUUGUUUUGGUAACAAUCAACCCGUUGUUGGUAACUGUCCCGAAAAUACAGUAUUUAGUGAUAUUAAAAAACUAUGUACUAAAAAUUUGUCUCAUUGUAUACGACAAAAUGAGUUCAAAUGCCCAUCGGCAGGCAGAUUCAGCGACGUUAUGAAAGACAAUGUUUAUUACAUUUGCGUCAAUCAUAUGGACCACUUGUAUAGAUUCAAAUUUCAAUGUCAAAAAGGCUACAUUUUUAACAAGACAACAGUGAAGUGUAUAGAGUCAAAGGAGAUCGAGUCCAAUGAAUCAGUUUCGAUCUCUUCAAGCGAUAACAGUAGUCAAACGGGUAGCUCUAGUAUUGCUAGUAGCAGUAUUAACAACAACAGUGUCACCACUAGUAGAGUCAGCAAUAACAGUAGUAGCGAUGAUAGUAGUAGUAAAACCGAUGACGUUUCAAUGACUAAAAAAACCAACGAGGCACAAGAAACGCUGGAAAAAUCAGAAGAAAACGAAGAUGACAAAGAAGAGGAAAUAUUUGAAUGUAAAAAAGAAGGUAAAUUCCCGAUUCGUAAUGAAUGCAGGCGAUACUACUUAUGCAAGGAGAAACGGAAUUCAGAGUACCGGCGGAAGAUAAAGAAAUGCGGUUCGGGUCGCGUGUUCCACAAGGAUAAGAAAAAGUGCGUGCACGCAGACAGCUACGAGUGCUAACACCCUAGAGUCCCUAGAUCUAGAAACAACACUAUAGAUCUGUCAUGUGAUAUAUGUAUAUGUAGAUAGAUUUUCAAUCCUGUAGGUAUAAAAGUAUGUAUAUACCUAAUUUAUUUUAUUGAUAAAAUGUUGUUUUUACUAAUAUUAUAAAAAUGUUAUUUUUACACUGAUGUUAUUGUUAGAUAGAUUACAUUAUUAAUAAAACAAAUAAACAAA